AUGACUACUGGUGCUCUGGUGGCAGGGCACGUCGAUGGUGAAACGAUGACUGUCACUGGUUCUUCGGAUAAUGCAAGGAGAGACAGAGACAGAUGGCGGAAUGGUAAUAUUUCCAGUCAGUUUGUGAACGAGUUUGGCGAGUGGGAAAAGGAUGAGAAUGUGACGCAGUGUCUAAGUUGUGGGAUCAAGUUUAGUUUUCUAGUGAGGCGUCAUCACUGUAGAUGUUGUGGCAGAAUUUAUUGUGCUACUUGUUGUUCAAAAUUCGCAUGGUAUGAUAAAAACCGGGUUAAAGUGGUUUUGAAAAGUCCAGCAGAGUAUGAAAUGGAACCGUACAGGACUUGUGAUUCCUGCUAUGAAAAUCUAUUACAAAUGAAGCUACUGAGAACUGCGUGGGGUGAAAUACAGUUACCGAAACCACCAAGACGAAUCGGAAAUUCUAUGGGAUCUACUUCCGAAAUCAACUCCAUCCGAUCAUCGUCCAUAAGGCCUUUUGAAUUUAUGAAGAACCAAAACGUUGUGGAAAAUGUACGAGAAACUGAAAGCGAGAGAAAUAGUCCCAGGAAUAUACAUGCUGCUGAUGAAGAUUACGAUCGAUGUCCAAUUUGUAAUUUUGACUUACAAGUUUUCGGAUCAGAAGAAGCAGCCCAACAAGAACAUGUAAGCGAAUGCAUACGGCAAGCAGAACUUGCUCAACAGCAGCAUAGUCUUAUCGGAAGUCCAACUUACCAGAACAGAAUGCUCGUAUACCAAAUACCUAAAAACGCUACGAAUAUUCAAGAGUGUCCAAUAUGUUUCGAAGAAAUGGCUCCAGGACAAAAAGUCGGUAGGCUAGAGUGCCUAUGUGUGUUUCAUUAUCACUGUAUAAAGAGUUGGUUUAAGAAGAAGGUACAAAAAUUAGCUACGGUGAAUUCCGCAACUCAGGACUCUGUCUCCAUGCUUGGUAAAAACUACUGUCCAUUUCAUGACGCAGUAUACUACUAA